AUGGCGGACGAGCAGAGCAUAGUGAAAGUAUUUUUUCUGAAUGAUGACCAACAAUGGGAAAUGCUAGGCAAGGGACAUGUCUCUACUAUUUAUGUGGAACGCCUUCAGGGCUUGUGUCUGCUAGUUCGAUCUGAACUUAGCGGCUUAGAGAUCUUGGAGUCAAAGAUAAAUCCAGACACGCCCUAUCAGAGACGACAAGGGACAUUAAUUGUUUGGUCUGAAGCUGAGAACCACGGUAUGGCGAUAAGUUUCCCAGACGCAGCAAGUUGUCACGAGAUAUGGAAAGACAUCUGCCAGGUUCAAGGUAAAGACCCAUCUACCGAUAUCACACACGACCCCUUAGUUGAAUCCGAAGAUGAGACAUUGGAUGACGUGGCAGAUGACGUGCUUGAGCUGCCUAAUUGUGAACUCGGUAAGCUUGACCAGAUUGCUCACUUAGUUACCUCAGUUCUCACCUCACCUCUGCGUAAGGAAAGGCUGGCUCUGUUAGUAGGAAAUGAGGACUUUAUUAAAAAAUUACUGCAGUUGUUCCACACGUGUGAGGACCUAGAGGACACUGAAGGCUUACAGAAUCUGCAUGACAUUGUUAAAGGGAUGUUAUUUCUCAACCAGGCAUCUCUACUUGAGAUCCUCUUUUCUGAUAAGUAUAUCAUGGAUGUGGUGGGAUGCCUUGAAUAUGACCCUGCCUUGGCUCAGCCAAAAAGGCAUAGAGAAUUCUUAACCCAAAAAGUGAAGUUCAAGGAAGUUAUACCAAUAAUAGACCAUGCACUUCUGCAAAAAAUACAUCAGACAUACAGGGUACAGUACAUUCAAGACAUCCUUUUUCCUAUCCCAUCUAUAUUUGAAGAGAAUUUUCUUUCUACUCUUACAAAUUUUAUUUUAUUAAACAAGGGUGCGAUAGUCAAUAUGCUGCAGGAAGAUGAUAAGUUUUUGUCUACCGCUUUUGCACAAUUAAGGGAUAAGACCACAGAUGAUGAUACACGGCGUGAGCUGUUAUUUUUUUUCAAGGAAUUCUGUGCAUUUUCUCAGACAUUAGUACCUGAAAACAGGAAUGCACUGUUCAAAACACUGACACAACUGGGAAUUCUUCCUGCUCUUAAAAUUGUAAUGAAUAUGAAUGACUUGCAAAUAAGGGCAGCUGCUACUGAUGUAUUUACUUAUCUAGUAGAGUAUAGUCCAUGCAGGGUUCGAGAAUUUAUAAUAGAAGACCACCAAAGUGAAGACAGCAUUCUUUUCAUUAAUUUAGUAAUUGAACAAAUAUUCUGUGAUACUGACCCUGAGCUAGGAAAUGCUGUUCAUUUAAUGGAAGUCCUUCGUGCCCUGCUUGAUCCAAACAACAUGAUGACAGCAUCUAGUCACUGUGAAAAAAGUGAAUUUCUACAUUUCUUCUGUAUGCAUUGUAUGAAUAACUUCAUAGAACCACUUUUGUCAACUACUUCAGCAUAUAUACAUGACAAGGAUAAUAUAGUUGGAUCUGACGAAAAUAACAUAAACUGUCUCAGUGCUGUUCGUUUUAUGAGAACGAUGAUUGGCCUUAGAGAUGAACUUUUAAAUCAUUACAUCAUCAAGGGAAAUUUUUUUGAGCCAGUUGUAAAUGCUCUUUUAGAGAAUGGAACUCGGUACAAUAUGUUGAAUUCAGCUAUUGUUGAGCUGUUUGACUACGUAAGAAUGGAAAAUAUCAAAUCUCUUGUUGCCCAUAUAGUUGAAAAGUUUUAUGCAACGCUUAAGUCAAUUGAAUAUGUUCAGACAUUCAAAGGAUUGAAGGUGAAAUAUGAGCAAGAGAAAGAGCUGCAAAAUCAAGUAACGAAGAAUUUAUGUUCUGUACUGUAUAGUCAAGUAUUUUGCAGAGAUUCCGGUGUCUUGGAGGAGGAGGAGGAAAGGAGUAUUAAUGAAAAUAUAAAAGAAGAAGCAGUUGAGCCACCACCGGAAAGUGGUUUUGAGAUUAAAAGAGCAAAAGAAAAUGAAGACAAGGUAGAUCUUCCCUCUCAAACACCUUUUGGUGACUUUGAAUUUACUUCAUCUCAUUCUGCUGAUGCUGCUGAUGAAACAAGUAACCCAAACCGCAGAAGGGUGAUUUGCUUAGUGGAUUAUUCAGAUGAUGAAGAAGAAGAGGAAGAUGAAACACCUCCCAGCAAAAGACCACAUCUUAGCCCAUAA